CGAACUUAAACUCCCUGAGAGACAACCAUAGUUAGAGUAAUAGUGUACGAAAUGGAAUCAUAUGCGCCUUGUAAUCAAUGUAAAAUCAAAUUUUAAUGUUGGUCCAAAUAUACGGAUAAUAUUUACACGAAACUUUAUUACAAGGGAAUCAUAGUCGUCAAUAAAAGAACUGAAGUUUUUCCUUCACAACGACGUCAUGUACACCACAAACAUUUACGAAUACCAGGCUCCUGUUAAUAUGUCUAUCUACAUUGAUCCAAUGCCAGAGAAAAUAAACGAGACAUUCGUACUAAAGGGCGAGAAUGCGACACCAAGAGAUGAUACGAUGGCUCCAAAACUUGACAAACUUCAAGGCAAUCAUAAUGGAAUUAGCGAAACCGUAGGUGAAGACAUUAAAACUGUGACGGGGGAUAUAACGGACAGAACUGAUCUACCAUUUGCUGAAUCUGAUGAUAAUGACACACAAGGUCAGAUGCAAAAUGCGAGGUCAUAUAACUCACUGUUAAACUUCAGUAGGAUAACACCAAGAGAAUCACAUUCUGUUAGUUCAGAGGAUGUGAGAAAGUUAUUUCAAUAUGGAGUUAAAACGCCUGCUUUGACAAACGAGUCUCGUCCCGUAACCUUGACUUCCAGGCGCUGUGUCACCCAAGGAAACAAUUUUAAACGGAAUAAAUCGAAAGAUGCAAUUACGACUAUAACGGAGACGCAAGUCCAAGACAAUGUCCACGAAAAAAUGCCUCCUACUCCAAACAAUGUUGUCAACGAGUUGAUGGAUGACCUACAUAUGAAUACGCAUGAAUUGCCCGCAAAUGGUAGGGUAACAACUAACACACCUCAUCAAGGAUCACGAACGGAUAAUUUUAAGUACUAUAACAAAAACGAUUCCAAAGUCUCAACACCUAAUCGUGUAAAGUUUAAGGUUAGUGGGAGAGUAUUUGAGUUGGAACCACCGCGUCCAACAACCGUGGACCCGUUCCCAAAACUAAGAGGAUACCAGGGGUACACUUGGAUGACAUCACAGAUUAAGGCCACCAUAGUAACGGAUGCCGUUGACGUACCUUACAAAAAUACAUAUGGACAUUCAGAAUCCCGCACAAAUCGCCUCGAUUUAUCCCUACCGAAGGUUAAUCAAAAGCGACCGUGGACAGUUGGGGAGGGUGACGUAUCUAGGCGGUUCAAGAAACAGUCCCAGCGCGCUAGUAGGAAUGCACAGAGACUCGAAGCCAUACGCCUUACUGACUUAGUCAGAGUUAAAGACCCUGUUAAAGACAACAGUUCAACUGGGAGACAUCCUAUUUUGUAUGGUGGGAAUAACGAUCAAAGAUCAGAACUAGUCGGUGAUCAAGGAUGUCUACACGCCCAUCUCAAACAAUCCAUAGACCGCCUAAGCCCUUCACCUACAGCAGGUAAAAGACGGCCUUCCGGAUCAACAGGGUCUAGGUUAGAAUCUGGAGCAACAAUCGAAAGGCCAAUGAAGCAAGAAAAAGGACGGUAUCGACCUAUUUCAAAUCUUGAUGUACACAAUGUUAAUCUAAACAGACUCAAUGCUAUAGAUGAAAACUCCGAACGUGAUUAUAAAUCCACCGAUGUAUUCAGAGAACACUUGCACUCAACAUACGGGAGAGCAGACAAUCAAGCCCCAAAACGUUAUGGCACACCAAACAGCGAAGAUAAUAACAUGGGCAACAAUGAGGGAAAUAAGAUCAUGAUAACACCGAACAAUCACGGAGAUCACGAUGACAACAAAAAGGUCGUUAUGCCUCAAUGGGCUUUAACAGAUCAAAAUGAAGAGACCAUGGACGCGCAUCAAGAUGAGGCAAACGUCACAGAACAUGUUAUGCCAACGAACGCCGAAGCUCAACUAGACAUUGAAAUUUCUGUUAAAACUCCAAAUACGAGAAAUGUCGGUUCUUCUGUUAGCAGAUCCAACAACGUUAGCAACACUCUGGACAUUGACAAAAACAUUGAUGUUACAAAUACAAAGAGUGAAGUUUUGUAACCAAUAUGGAAAAAAUAAAUGCAAAAUUGCUAUUUGAAAAAGUUAGUUAUUCUUCAAUAUUUUAAUAUUCUUGUUCCUAAAAAGUAAAUAGGUGAUGCCAUUAGGGGACAGCGGUGCAAAACGGGCCCUAAAAUGAAUUUCUGAAUCGUAAAUGUUCCUCGGAGCAAGGAGGGCCAUUCUAUCAGAAACCUUCUUUGCAUUAUAGGUUUAUUUUAAAACCGCAAAAUAACUGAUGGCCCGUCAUGCCCAUUGGCCCUUACCCCGCUGUUCCCUAGUUUAUACAAGUGGAUGUCACUCAAUUCCACGCAACUUUUUAAAGCAUUUCUACCUCAAAUAUCUUGACCUUCUACACUAGGGAAAGGUAAGGGAAAGAUUCCUUCAACUCUUCUCUAUUCUUUGUUGGCACAUAUCAAUAGAAUAAUAAUCUAGACAUUCUAAAUUGGCAUUUGAGAUUAUGUAGUAAUGAUUUGAGACAUUCGAUUUUAACUUGAAACAGGGGUUGAACAGGGCUAGAUUGUACAUAAAUCCCCAAGAUCCC